AUGCCCCUGGAGUACAAGUAUCUGAGUCCAGAGGAGCGCCGCCAUUUCGUCGAGCACGGGUGGCUCAAGAUCGAGAACGCGAUCGCGCCCCGUUUCCUCGACGAAUGGAUGGAGAAUCUUUGGGUCCGCCUCGGCAUGGAUCCAGAGGACAAGAGCACCUGGACCGAGGAGUACAUCAAGCUGCCUCGGCACCGCGAGGUGCGGUGCGAGGAGUUCUGCCCGGAGGCAUGGAAUAAGAUCCUCGAGAUCGUCGGUGGGGAGGACAAACUCAUGGACAAGCGCGAGCGCUGGUACGGCGACCAGAUGAUCAUCAACCUCGGCAAGCCCGAGUACGUUGGCAAGCCAAGGAAGGGCCCGGAGAAGUGUGUUGGCUUCCACACCGACAAUGACUGGUAUCGCCAGUUCCUGGACAGCAGCGGGAACGCGCUCACGCUCAUCUUCUGCUUCACGGACAUUCCGGAGGGUGGCGGCGGCACAGUGCUGUGCGAGGACGGGCUCAAGCCGCUCCUGGAGCGGUGGUACGCUCACCCGGAGGGUAUCGACCCGCCCUUCGUGAACGACACGUUUGAGUACUGCGCCCGUGGCAACAAGUACGCUGAAGUCGUUGCAAAGCGGGGCGACCUCUACGUGACGCACGGCAUGCUGCCGCACUCGCACAGCCCAAACCACCUCAAUUACGCGCGCGUCAUUACGAACCCGCACGUCAACCUCCGCGAGCCCUUCAAUCUGAACCGGGCUGAUGGAGACUACACCCUCUGCGAGCAGGUCAUUCUCCGUGGCCUCGGGCGGGAGAGCAUCCCCGAGUACGUUCCCACGAGGGAGAGGCUGGCGUUCUACCCCCGCACGGCCUGGUUUAAGCGCGAGCGCGUCACUGCCGAGCUGCAGCGCAUGAUUGCGGACGCCGAGGCCAAGGGCGGCUCGGCCGCAGAUGUCGAUUCUAUCUAUCUGCGGGGCGAGGAGGCGAUUGCCGAGCACGAGGCGAGGAAUGGGUACGACAAGGAGAUCGGUCCCACCGGUGUCGUGUCCUCCCUCAAUGACGACCAUCACGAGAAACCCGCUGGCAAGAGGCACAUUGUCCUCCGUCCAGAGAUCCCCGUCAUCGCGAGUGCUCCCGCCACCAAAGUCGCCUAG